AUGGGUUCGAUGGGCAAGGUUGCUUUGCCAGAACACUGGACAGAGUUGAGCGCGGCCCGAGUGCACAGGCAACAAUGCGCCGACGAAGUGGAUGCCAUCAAGAAGGCGUGUCUAUCAGAAUGCGAAAAAGCAAGCGUGGUGGAAUGCGAAAAGUGUUUCCCCAAGGUCCUUGACAGGAUGCGUGCUCGAUACUGCGAUGCUGAGGGCAGAGAGUGGUUCUCAGAGCGAAGAGCAUUUCUGAACGAACUGGACGUCAUGUUUGCAGAUGUCAAAGAUCACAAGAAGAUCGACCUCACGUCGAUCGAAGACAGUAUCGCAUCGGAAAAAGAGGCAUGGUACCGCUGGGUGCUACGCAUGUACCCGCAGUUCCUCUCAGUAGGAGAAGGCGGGGCAGAUCAAGACGAGCUGCGAGCAAUGCUAGACGAUCCGGUUAAGCGCUGGGAAGAGCUCACUGAGAGGAUAUGGGAGGGCGUUGGCAAGCCAGCCAACUGGGAAGCCGACGUGGACUCACUUACCGAUCAAAUCACAGCAGCCAAAAACGACGCAGCAUCAUUGAAACAGAUCUAUAUCGAUUUCUUCUUCAAGGAUUCGCAAACGGGAGAGGUGGUGGAAAAUGCGCAGCAAUACCUCGAAGCAUAUGCGGCCAGCGACGCAAUGUCCAUUGAGCAAGUCAUUGAUCGGAUCUCACAAGAUCACAAAGCGAGCCUUACGACGGAACCGCAACGUGAGCAUCACAAAAACCGACUGGAUGAGCUGCGCAGAGCAAAGAUGGCAUUUGAGCAGAACAGGCUUCAGAAUAAGACUCGAGCCCAAGCAAGCCAGACGCCCGCUGUUUCCCAGGACUUAUAUAACCUACCACCAUGUGCGGUUUGUGCGGCUACAGUGGACUCCAAGGAUGUUCUCUCAUGCUCGGUGUGCCAAGCACUUGCCCACAUGGGUGGCACGAGGGAACUGACAGUUUGGUGCUCGGAUGAAUGCUUCGAAAGGGGUGUCGGCGACCACAACGAAUUGGAGCACGACUGCGAGAGCGGAGAUAGAUGUGUGCAGUAUGAGGAUGAAGACAUCGAAAUGCAGGACUGGACUAGUACCGCCGUGGCGUGCAAGGAAUGCAUUGAUCAAAAGAGGGAUACCAUAUACUGUUCGAUAGGAUGCGCAGCAUCCAAUCUUGCGAGGCACAGACACGAAAGACAUGGACUUAAGACGGCUGCGUAUGAGAUUAAGAAGCUGGCAGUGCCGCUAUGGGAAAUCGUGGAAAAGACUCUGAAGGAGGCAAACCCGGGGCUGAAGUAUACAGUGGUUGAAUGA